ACAGGACGCUGAGGCAGAACCGGCGCUCUUAUGGAAAAUAGUUUGUUUUAUUGCCACACGUCCUGCGCUGUUUCCUUCCAGCCUGUGAAAAGCAGACUCCUUGUCCUGUGCAUCAUGCUGUCCCUGUGGGUGUACAUGCUUUACUUCUGCGUGGGUUACUGUGCCACCAUGCCCAGGGUCGCGCCGGACGCGGUUGGGAUGAGGAUGAAGUCGCAGGUGGGCGUUCUUCACCAGCUGCUCUCGAGGGACUUGCUGACCAACGAAAACGAGCCGGACAGCAGAGCGGAUGAGUGGGGGGACACCGAGCAGAGGACAGUGGACGAGGGGACAGUAGAAGAUGUCCUGAACGGGACAGAGGUGAAGAAGUUACCGCACGCCAUCAUCAUCGGGGUGAAGAAGGGGGGCACACGGGCGCUGCUCGAGUUCCUGCGGGUGCACCCCGAUAUCCGCGCUGUGGGGGCAGAGCCGCACUUCUUCGACCGAAACUACCAUAAAGGACUCGAGUGGUAUAGAGAGUUGAUGCCCAAGACUCUAGAUGGCCAGAUCACCAUGGAAAAGACACCCAGCUACUUUGUGACCAAAGAGGUUCCAGGUCGCAUCUAUGCCAUGUCGAAGGACACCAGGCUGAUCGUUGUGGUGCGAGACCCGGUCACGCGAGCCAUCUCGGACUACACUCAGACACGUUCGAAGAAACCUGACAUCCCCUCAUUCGAAAGCCUGACUUUCAAAAAUGCAUCAACGGGGGUAAUCGAUACCUCCUGGAGUGCUGUACAAAUUGGGAUGUAUGCCCGACACCUGGAGCACUGGCUUCAGUUCUUUCCUAUCGACCAGAUCCUGUUCGUGAGUGGCGAACGCCUCAUCACGGACCCGGCAGGCGAAAUGGCAAGAGUGCAGGACUUUCUCGGUUUAAAGAGGUUGAUCACUGAGAAGUACUUUCAUUUCAACCCAGCCAAGGGAUUCCCAUGUCUUAAGAAGCCGGAGAGCAAUAGCAAACCCCACUGCUUGGGCAAAACCAAAGGGCGAACCCAUCCAAAUAUACACCCUGAUGUGGUGCAGCAGCUGCGAGACUUUUACAAGCCAUACAACAAAAAAUUUUACCAGAUGACUGGACACCAUUUUGGCUGGGAUUGACAAACACAGACAUUUUGUAUAAGAUUUUAUUUGUGUAAAAAAGAACAGAAGUCUAUUUUAUGAUAAUUUAUUGCAGUUAAUUUGCUCUGAUGCCUGAUGGUUUUGUAUAUAAUUUCUGUAACUUUGUACUUUUUUUAUUUUCUAUGGAAAUGUCUUGGCUUAGACUUUCAUAGAUCUGAUUAUUUGCAUUACCAAAUGGAAAACACUGCAGUGGAUAACUAGGAAUUCAAAUGAGAAGAAAUUUCCCUGAAAGGGAAACAAAAGCACAAUUAAAUUAGUAACGGGUAAAGAGUGAGCCUCUCUUGCACAGAGAAAAUUCUUAUUUCAUCUAUCCAUCAAGCAACAGCGACUCUUUUAUUGUCUGUACCAUUCUUAUUCUUAAUUCUGAAAGACGUCAUGCAUGCCACACGCUUAAUCUAAUUUCACCGUGAGACGGUAAUGCCUUGACUUUUUCUCAUCAUUUGUUUCAUCCCAGAGGUUGAAAGCGUCUUUUAAAAUGGGUCAUUUCAGGGUUCCAGGUGAUCCACCCCAGUUCAGGUAGAUCAAUAAUAGACUAAUUGGUACGUAAAGUCAAUCGUUGAGAAAAAAAAUGGGACACAACUGGUUUCUAAGAUACAAACGCAUGCCAAUAAGAAGCAGGAAAAUGUGUUUCAUUUUAGCCCAGACAUUGUAGAAAUUGAAAAAGCAGCUACAAACAAAAGGGCAGAAGUACAAGACUGUAGUUUACAAGCAAAACAACUGUUAAUCCCAUAUUUCUAUGGAUAUUUUGUCAAUUAUUUGAUUUCCCAAUUUACAUCCACAUAGCAUGGUUUGUGGAUGUAAAUGUAGUGUUUUUAAUAAUAUCCUUAUUUUUUUAUCAUCACCGCCAUUACUAUAGCUGGUCAGUUUUGCUAGAAAAUGUAAAAAAAAAAAAUGGGUAUAGUUACCCUUCACUACAUUUACAUUUGCUGCAGUUGGCAGAUGCUUUUAUCCAAAGCGACUUACACUUAUGAACUGAAUACAAUUUGAGCAAUUGAGGGUAAAAGGCCUUGCUCAGGGGCCCAACAGCAGCAACUUGGUUAUGAUUGCUUGUCCACAGCCCUAUUUUGCAAAAGGUUAUGCUUCAACUCAAGUGGCCAAAUGGGUGAUUUUUGUCAUUUUGUCCCUGUGCAGUUAAGUAUCAAACAAAGACGACUGUAGAAAACAAAUGCUGUUAACUGCUGGACAGAUACUCUGAUUUUUUUUAAUUUUCCACCAAGUGAUGCUUUAUAAGGAAACAAUUAUUUAAGAAGCCUGGGAACCUAUGAGAAUUCAUUCAAUGCUGCCAAAAAACGUUAAACCCUUUGACCAGGGAGUUAACAAAGAUUUCCUGCCAUAAUAACUAAGCUUUUUUAGUUGGGAGGAGAGGUUAUACUGUUGCAUCUUUGGCAUUUUGAUGAAGAACAGGAAAAGGGGGAAGACUCCCAAAUUCUCUGGCAAAACACAACAAACCAUUGACAAUAUUUGAACAACCUCAGAAAUAAACACAAAUGGAAAUAUGUCAUUAACAUGCUGACAUACAGUUGACAUGUGUGUAUUCAUCUUCAGUAACUGAAUGGUUUAUUCUGGUUUGGAUCACAGUGAUCCAGAGCCUUUCUCAGGGCUGAUCUACAUCCUGAACAGUGAAGAGUACCAGUGCAUUGCAGGGCCCACGCUUAUACUUAUUUAUACCAAGGGGAAUUUAUAAUAGCCAAUCCGACCAUUAGCUUGCUGUCAGAAGGAGGAAAUCCAUAGAGAUAUAUAUGGGGCAUAGUUUGAAACUUUGAUCACACCAGGUUUUUAUAUGCAAAAUUCUAUGUGUAAAAAUCAAUUUAUUUUAAUGGGAUGUGUGGCAAUUUACAACACAAACCUCUGGUGCUAAUGAAAUUUGCCAAAAAACAGGCAAACUACCUAUUAUGUUUCUUUAAACUCUAAAAGGGAGGUGCUUCACACUGAGACACAUUGUUUGCAGUAGGUCGAGAGGCAAAAUGAAAUGAAUUCAGUUGUGUAAGCUUAGCUCGGACAGAUGAGCCAACAAACUCUCGAUCUAUAAAACUCUGUGUACAUGCAGAACAUAAUUCAUUUCACCCAAGGAAUUCCAGUACAUUCCAUUUCAUUAAUGAAAACCACAAAACCAAACUGCAUUCCCAAAAGUAAAAUGCUAAAUGCUAAUUCCCAGCUAAAUUGCUAGCUGGCAGAUAAUUUGUGCUAAAGUCUUUGAGCUUCAGCCUGACCGUGCCUAUUCAUAAAGCCUGUGAACCACAAGCUUCUGGUGUUACAGGGCCAUAUACUUCAAAUUCAUCUGGACACACAGAUAUUUUUGACACACAUGGUUGAGUUUUAUUCAACCCUGUAAGGAUACUAAUUUUUGGUUUAUAGCUUUUCAUAAAACAGAUAUUAGAUGUAUUUAUUGUGGUGUUUAAUUUUCCAGUUAACAAAUAUUAUUUUAGUAAAAAUGAAGCAAUGAAUACUUAAUGCACCAGUAUUCUCCUGCAGUAAUAAACUAUUUUACCAGAA